UUCAGCACACUUGAAAGUAGUUGUUUGAAAGUCAACCAAUAAUUUACCUGUCGCCAUUAGAGGUGAAUAGGAGGUGCAUUUGCAACAAGAGCUGCUGUUUGAAGGAGUUGAAACACGCUACAAAAGACAUCCCUCUGCCAUGCUCUGAGCACCCUACAACGACCGUUGCUGGGGGAGCAGAUUUGCAGGAGGUUAGCAAGACAGAUCAAAGACCGCUGUCCAAAGUUACUCUCACGAUUCACCGCUGACACAAAUUGGUAGUGGACGCAACAACAAUGCUCUGCUCUGUUCUUCGAACCAUAACGUACCAAGACAUUCUCGGCUUCCUGAAACUCGUGUUUCUCAAGGAUUUCGACUUCUACGAAAAAUGCUACGGAAAUGGAAAUUGCAAUAUUCGCGCAAACAAGAAAUCGCAUUGCAAAAACUCGGAAAGCUGUGAAAAUGAACAGCAAGCUCCCGUUAGAAGAGACAAAAGUCUCUUUGAGGGAAUAAAUGUUAGUGAACUUGAAAUCGGCGAAAAGCUUGGCGCUGGAGGAUUUGGGGCUGUCUAUGCUGUCAAAUAUGGCUCGCGGAAUUUUGCGCUCAAGAAACUGCACCGAAUCAACACGAAAGCAGCUCGUGAAAGCUUUGAAGCCGAAGCUUCCACUUUGCACUUGAGACAUCCAAAUAUUGUUAGGACACUGUCUGUAUUCACAAUGGACGAAUCUGCGUGUAUUCUUAUGGAGUUUAUCAGCAAAAGAACACUUCAAACUGUUAUUAGCGAUGUAGAAAAAGAAGAUUUACCUGAAAAGAGAAGACUUAGAUUUGCUUUAGAUAUAUCAAGGGGACUCAGUUAUGCGCACAGCAAAGGUAUCGCCCAUUUGGAUAUAAAACCAACGAACAUUUUAAUAACAAACAACGAUGUAUGUAAAAUCGGAGACUUCGGUUGCUGUCAGUCGAUGGAAACCUCGGGUAACGAGAUACCGAUGAGCCCGACAAAGUCAAACUUAACCGGGACAUACGCAUACAGAGCUCCGGAACUGUUUCGUGGGGAAUUUUCAACCCCUCAAUGUGACAUUUACUCAACCGGAAUAUGUUUAUGGCAAAUGCUGGUCAGAGAAAAGCCAUACGGAUCAAAAAAUCAUCAUGUUGUGAUCUUUGGUGUAGUAGCGUACAAUCUACGUCCAAGUAUUCCAGAGGAUGUCCAAUGCGGAGCAAGGUACAAGCAAAUUAUGGAACUGUGUUGGCACCAGAAUCCACUGAAAAGACCUUUAGCAAAAGAUCUCGCAAAAGCGUUAGAAAUGACUAUAGCUAUCAAUAAAUAGAUCGUAAUUAUGAAUUGUUGCUUUGAUUUCGUUUGUAUAAGCAUAGUGAAUUUUUGAAUUCUUAGACAUUUUCGCUAAAAUUUUCGAUUUGGAGUUUUCCAUCUAGUUUGUAAAUGUUCUGUAUUGCUUCAUACUCCAAAAGCAAUCUAGAAGUUGGGCCGCAUUUCUAAAGGUGUAAAUAGAGUAAUACAGGUAUACAAAUUAUAGUAGUACAGUAAUCCAGCUUGACUAGCUAAACUCUCAUUCUUAGUAAACAAAAAGACGCAAAUAGGGUUCAAAGCAUUUUGAAUGAAGUGAUGUAUCCUUAGAGAAAUCAAAGCAAAUUAGGUCUUCUUUUUUUUAAAACUUUUAGUUCUUUAUAAUCGUAAUUUUCAGCGUUGUUUAUAGUAGAUUUGUAAAAGUUGUUAGGACAAAAGUUUUGUAAUUUUGUGAUUUCCAAGAGAUGAUUUAUAAAUAUGAAUAUAUAUCCUUGUAAUACAUAAA